CAGUACUUGCUUCCAUGGCUACUCGAGUCCGUUCAUUCUCAAGUUGACUUAGUAACUGCGUGUUUACUUCCUCACCCUUUAGAGUGUUUUAAAGUUGCUUCAAGCUUUGAUGUUGUUUCCUCUUCAACUACACGACUUAAAGAAGGGUUAAAACGUUUGCUUUGUCUGAUGCCUUACGACGUUAUCAAUUUACAGGUUUGGGACUACGUUAUUCCAUUUUGGUUGGAAGCAAUAAGAACUGAAGUUAAUAAAGAACAAAUAUUUGAUUUCAAAAUAUUGUUAAGGUUUGGUUUAUUUUACUGA